AUGUAAAUUAGACUGUAUUUUGAAGGUCAAACAAUUCAUCAAGGUUUAAAUCCAAAAUAAGGCUUUUCAAUUGAUUUUUAUGUCCACUGCUUGCUCUUUUCUAAUAAGUUUUUAUUUUUCUUUGUUAGUAAUGAUAAGUCAAUCCGUUUAUGGGAUGUAAAGACAGGAUAUUAAAAAGUCUAAUUAGAUGGCCAUAGUGAUCAAGUCCAAUCAGUAUGCUUCGCACCAGAUGGAGCUACUUUGGCAUCUGGAAGUUAUGAUAACUCAAUCAGAUUAUGGGAUGUUAAGACUGGGAAAUAAAAAGCCAAAUUAGAUGGUCAUUAACUAAAAGUCUACUCAGUAUGCUUCUCACCUGAUGGAACUACUUUAGCAUCUGGUAGUUAUGAAAAAUCAAUCAGAUUAUGGGAUGUUAAGACUGGAUAAUAAAAAGCCAAUUUAAAUGGUCACUAAUUUGGAGUAAACUCAGUAUGCUUCUCCCCAAUUGGAACUACUUUAGCAUCUGGUAGUAGUGAUAACUCAAUUCGUUUAUGGGAUUUUAAGACUGAAUAAUAACCAGCCAUGGAUGGUCAUAGUGAAUGUGUUUAAUCAGUAGGUUUCUCACCAGAUGGAACUACUUUAGUUUCUGGGAGUGCAGAUAAAUCAAUCCGUUUAUGGGAUGUUAAGAAUGGCUAAUAAAAAGCAAAAUUAGAUGGUCAUAGUGAUUGUGUUCGAUCAGUAUGUUUCUCAUCAGAUGGACAGAGUUUAGCGUCUUGUAGUGCUGAUUUCUCAAUCAGAUUAUGGGAUGUUAAGACAGGAUAAUAAAAAGCCAAAUUAGAUGGUCAUAGUGAUAAGGUCCAAUCUGUAUGUUUCUCACCAGAUGGAACUACUUUAGCAUCUGGAAGUUAUGAUAACUCAAUCAGAUUAUGGGAUGUUAAGACUGGAUAAUAAAAAGCCAAUUUCGAUGGUCAUUAAUAUGGAGUAAACUCAGUAUGCUUCUCACCAGACGGAACUAAUUUAGCAUCUGAUGGCAAUGAUAAGGCAAUCAGAUUAUGGGAUGUUAAGACUGGAUAAUAAAUAGCCAAAAUAGAUGGUCAGUAUUAUGGAGCCAACUCUGUAUGCUUCUCACCAGAUGGAACUACCUUAGCAUCUGGUAGUUACGAUAAGUCAAUUAGUUUAUGGGAUGUUAAAACUGGGGAAUAAAAAGCCAAAUUAUAUGGUCAUUAAUAUGCUGUCAACUCAGUAUGCUUCUCACCAGAUGGAACAACUAUAGCAUCUGGUAGUGAUGAUAACACAAUCCGUUUAUGGGAUGUUAAGACGGGAUGCUAAACAGCUUAAUUAGAUGGUCAUAAUAGUUUUAUCUCCUCAGUAAGUUUUUCACCAGAUGGAACUAUAAUAGCAUCUGGUAGUUGUGAUAAUUCAAUUCGUUUAUGGGAUGUUAAGACAGUAUCUAAUUAUAUCUACUCAGUAUGCUUCUCAUCUGAUGGAACUACAAUAGCAUCUGGUAAUGAUGAUAACUCAAUCUGCUUAUGGGAUGUUAAAACAGGAGAUUAAAUUCAACCUACAUACCGAAAAUAUAAAGAUCAUUUAGCAUAAUUUAAAAUACCCUUAGAUUAAAAUAAUUUAUAUACAGAAGGUAUCAGUUUUAA